UGCGUUCAAGGAACUUUUCCAUGUUGUCAUUUGGGUGAAGGACCUACGGCUCGGCUAUCCUGUCACACUGGCCCGUACCAUUGAUGACCCGAUACAUUCUAAAUCACAAGAAAAAAGCACAGAAGAGGUUUUGGGCAGUCUGGACAACUUUCGAAAAAGUCGCUCGUACGCAUUGAACAACCAUUCCUGAAAGCUGUUUCUGCGUCUUCCAGAGGUCAUGGGUGUGAAAGUGCUCCAGUGUUUCCCGUUUUACAGACGCUGCAAGGAGCGAUGCAAGGGGCGACAGUGUCCCCCAGAGUCAGUGUCAAACGAGGAGCUGAAGCCUCGCCUGUCCUCCACGGCCUCCUGGAGCAGCGAGGGCGAGAGCUACAGCCCCAGCAGCAACCAGGUCUACUUCUCCCAUAAGGCUCGGCUCUCAUUCCGCCACCAGCUCGACAGCAACAUCAACGCAGUAGACGCCACCAACUGAGAAACUCACACUCACGUACAACCGCCGCCGUCACGGCAACCCUGUUACCUAUCUGCCAACCUCGACUGACACAGAGGACAUCACCUUUCAGCUUUCUGACGACGGCAUGCCGAGAAGAGAAGAGGAGGCAGUGGAGGGUGAGGUGAACGGUGACUCAGCAAUUUGAAGUCUGGAUGGACCACAGCACGAUGAAGUCAGACGCCAUCUCACAUCAGUGUGGCCCUGACUGAUAAAUCCUUACCUUACACUGAAACCAGUGGUUGCUGGAGUCGGGGAGAAGACUAAACAUACAAAUAACUUGGUGACAAGACAAAUUUGAGUGACACAAGUUUACAUCGUCAUUACCAUCAAGUGCUUUUUUCUUAGCCCGAGGUCUUUCUUUGUACACAAAUUAGUAUGAAUACACUUGUGUGUUUGUUUGUGUCAAUAAGUGUGUGUGGGUAAGCAUGGUGUUCAGCAGAUGAAGUAAAAAGGCCAUAACGUUACUGAACUUAACAGAGAGGUCCUAGAUGGGUGUUGAGUGUGGGAUAGAUCUAAAGCAGAUUCAGUGUGAAUCCAAAACUAAUCCAGAUUCAGCCGUUCGUUUGGGGUUGCAAGUGUUUUUAAAAGUCUGAGGUAAAAGCAAGUGCUUCUUUUUUUUUAACAAGCUUUUGAGCCACAUAGAUAUAUAUAUAUGUAUACUGACAGAAGUAUUGCACAAAUGUUCUGAUUUUUUUUACGCUUUUUGGAAUCAGAGGUUUCCUUAUGCAGUUAUGGGCUUUAGCCUGUGGAAUCUCCUAUCAAAGCAUUUUCUUCAACCUCUGUCAAAUUAAUACAACAGACAGCUUUUGAAAGUAAACACAAUGUGGUACUGGUGAAAAGACAAACACGGGAGUUUGUUUUGUAUGUCAUGCAAUCUGUUAGAGAUGACAAGAGAGUUUCUUUUCAAUACAUUUUUUAAGUGUCAAAGAGAGGUAUAUUUUUCAUGUUCAAUGUCGGUUUUCUAUUUUUCUUGAUGUUCAUAACUCAAAAUAAAAUGUCUUGAAAUCAUGA